GCUCAUUCUUGUAGUGCGAUUCACUGCCUCUACCAUUGUGUUCAUACAACUAUUUUCGACGCCGACAGGCUGUGAAGGUAUUUCUUACUAGAGUGAGAAUUCGUACGGGGGUAAUGAAAGUAGAUUUGCUAUACUAUUUUGAUAGCUUUAUUCCCCAAGUGCAGCGAUAGCGCAUCUCCAUCUUCGACUUUGUCUUGAGCACCUUACCGUCUCCGAAGUUUACGUUGCUUUUGAACCACCACUAAACCCUAUGCCACACGACACGAUUUCUCAUCUACCACCACCAUGGGCACCGACGAGGAAAAGCGCAACGUGAUUCCCUUCGACCCCUUCUCCUACACGGAGCACUUUUACCCCGUCGAUGAGGUCCUCUCUUGCCUCCAAAAGGCCGUCCGCCGCGGCCAGGCGGACGCCGCGGCGUUCUGGGCGGGUGAGUUACACGUAUCCCGGCUUGGCGCAACGGCGAUGCACCGGAUGCAAAUCAUGGCGGUCGAGGACGUCGGGAUCGCCGCGCCGGAGUCGGUGGAAGUGGUGGCGACUGUGCGAAACCAGUACUUGAAGGCAGUGGUGACGAGUAAAACCGCGGACGACGAGCAGGCGGCAGAUGACGACGCGUGCCGGAUCUGCAUGGCUUGCGCCGUGUUUCUGGCGAAAAAGCCGAAGACGAGGACGAGCUGCAUUUUAAUCAGCUGGAUGCAGGCCACGUUUCACUGCCUGUACGAUCGAUUUUGUGACAACAAAGACGCGGGGUAUCGGCAGAGGGCGGAGGUGAUGAACAGCGGAAAAAAUAUGAAAGAUGGUAAGCCGCAGCAGCCUGUAAUUUCCGAAGACGCGGAGGUGAUGAACCGCAUGACGGUAAAUGCCAACGUGGACGAGCAGGUGGAAAACGAAAAAACGGACGAGCAACUCGCGUUUGAGCACACCGAGCAGUUCCGCAAAAACUACGACGCGCUGGUGAAAGCGGCUUGUCACAGCCCCGACCCCUUGCAGCCACUGACGACGAGACUGGCCAAUUUUCAGAAGUGGCUCCGUGACAACGUCCCGCGGAACGCGAUGCUGAGCUCCGGGCUGAGCGGCACACCCACGCCGGAAGAAUUGCACAUCGAAAGGGAGUUUCUGCAACGGGAACAAGUGAUUUUUCUCUCCGUCUACACGUGCUUGGCGAGGAAUGGAGCGUCGGAAAAUGAUACGGAGCACCGCGACCAGCUGAUGUCCGUUCUGAUCCGGAGCAUCCCGAAAGCGAAGGUGCGGAACUACGCGCAAACCUUGCAGAGACUCUCCCGGCGCGAGAUGCAGACGUGCGCAAAGAUGAGCUUGAACCAAAUACUGCUGUUUACGACCAGGUGGCCGUGGGUAUUACCGUCGGACGGGGGGAAGACCAACGUGGAGGAAGCGAAGGGCGCGGGGAGGACCAUGCUGCAGGAGUUGCUGCACGCGGAUGGAGAAAUGCAAUUGAACUUGAAUGUAUGACAGUGAACACAGAGUUAAUGCGUUCUGGUGUUGAAAAGUUUGCAGGUUUUCAUGUUGUAGUUCCCGGAUUACAGUAGUCCGUCGGUGCAUGUGACUCAGUAGUUGUGGUAUCGAACAAUUAAAACGACGACAUGGAUUGAAAAUCAAGCAAACAGCGCUGCACGUCACCAGACCACUUUUCCUCCCGUCAAAACGCACCAGCGAUCCGUCCAAAAUGCAAUCCGCGGACGGCCAAGCUCCGUCGAGAAAACAAGACACGAGUAUCGAGCACUUCGUGGCGAAAAAUGCGCCCUCGGAAAGGUUGAAAAUCCUCGACGCACUGAAGCUCAAACGCGUCGACGCCGACGCGCGGCUGAUGAAGGUCCCGCUCUACUGCCUGGACCAGCACACGCGACGCGGGUCCGGCUACCCGCUGCACCUGGAAAAGGGCGAGAUGCUGCUGCGCUUCAAGCCGCUGAUCAAUUGGUCAACAAAAGAAUGGGAGAACACCCACGCCGACAUUUCCAAGAUUCUCCGCGAGGAUCGGAAAAACGUCGCGGCCUUCUUUUUCGAGAACGGCGCCAUCGUCGCGAGAGAGACCUUCCCCGGGCCGCCCUUCAGUCGCGGGGGCACGAGUGUGAUUCUUUCCCGGGGCGGGGAAAAGCAGGCAAGUGGUGACAAGAACUCCGGCAGUGGGGCCCCGCAGCUGUCCUGGAUCGACGAGGUGGUGUGGCGGAGUCCGUGCCUAAUAUCCCGCUAUUACGUCACCGCGACCACGACCAGCAAAGCGGCCAACGCGGCCACGAGCCAGCGGGAGUUGAACAAGCUGAUUGCCGGCGUCGAAGUGGACCCGACGGAAAAUUUCUUGAAGAACACGCUCCGCGUGCAGACGAGUUUGAACACGGCAAAGGAGGACGACGCGGGCGUGGUGGACGAGGAUUCGCUCGUGAAGCCGCCCUAUGAAAUGCAAAAAUGUCUGGGUCUGGGAGGAUGGAACUUGUGAUGCGUCCGGUGGGUCACACAAAAAUCUGUGUUGCGUGAUCACCAAAAGUUGUCCGUUUUUGACCAACAUGAGCGGGAGUGUCUCAUGCAGGAUAGGCAUGAUAGAGAAUUCGCAGAAUCUGUCAUGCUAGGUCCUGCAUUCCAGACCUCACGAGGCAUGGAAAAUAUGCAUGACAAGUGUGCAUUCUUCCAGACCCAGACAUUUUUGCAUUUGAUACGCCCCCGGCGGUCCCCGUGGAUCCCUUCUACCACUUGGCGAGGCUGUUCGCGGUCUGGAAAUCCGAGAACAAAAUCGUGUUCAAGAAAGAGGAGGAAAUCAUCUUAAAAGCGGUUUUGGCCCAGCAGGAAAAGCAGAACAAGAGGAGGUCCAAGGAAGAACAGACGUUGCAGGAGUCGAUCUCUCUGUCGAAUUCAGCGUUUUCCGGCGCGGCGAAAGGACCGAUCGACGCGCGGCCCAGUGCGGUGUUCGAGAAACACCGGCAGUACUUGUCGAAGUUGCCGGCGAAUCGGAGUGCUGGCGGUACAACUACUGGUUCGCCGAACAAGGACGGCGGGGGUGAGGCGGUGGGGGAGGAUCUGUCCAUUGCGAAGAAAUUGAGGUGGAAUAAGGGGGGAAAAACAACGUAAAAGCGAAGGAUUUCGGAUUUGCGACGGGAAGGAAUUUUAGCUAUGAUCCAAGAAAGAUACAGCUAGUAAAAAAAGUAGACGAAUC